GCUCUCCCCCCGGUCUAGCUAUAUGUUCAGAUGCAGGAAAAGGGAUUGACACUGCAAUCGAACAGGUAUUUGGGUAUGCUGAACAUAGAGAAUGCAUGCGACACUUGGUUGUGAACUUCAAGAAAAAAUUCCAUGGUAAAGUUUUUGAUGAUCAUUUGUGGCCAGCUGCUUAUUCAUGGACUCCUCGAGGGUUUGACUAUCACAUGGCAGCCAUAGAGGAGAAAAAGGCUGUUGCAAUAGCAUACUUAAACAAGUACCACACCAGGCUAUGGUCAAGGAGCAAAUAUUCAACCUCCUCAAAAGUGGAUUAUGUUACAAAUAAUUUGGCCGAGUGUUUCAACAACUGGAUCCGCAAGCACAAAGGUUUAAUGUUGUUUCAGCUCAUGGACAAGAUAAGGAGAAAGAUUACGGUUAAGUUUGAGAAGAGGAGAAGGGUAGCUAGAAAAUUUCAAGGUCGGCGUAUACUUCCAAGUGUCAUGAAGGAGUUGAAUGACAUAAGCAGGGGGCUGGACAUUGAAUAUGAGAGAAUAGAUGACAUGGUUGCAGAAGUGAGUGAGAGUGUUGUGCUAGGUGGCAAGCGCCACGUCACUGAUCUAGCAAACAGGACAUGCACAUGCAGGGCAUUUCAAGUCUCCGGGAAGCCUUGCAAACAUGCAAUUAGCUUUAUUACUGGAAUUAGGGGGGUCACAAUAGAAGACUUCGUUGAUGAUUGUUACAGCGUUGCCAAGUUUGCUGCAGCUUAUGCUCCUAUUCUUCCUGGCCUAACUGACAUGUCUCAAUGGCCAAGUGUGAACAAAGAAUUCUUCUUGAACCCCCCAAUCCUUAGGAGGGCCCCUGGGAGGCCAAAGGUACAGAGGCACAAAAGUGGUGCUGAAAAUAGCAAGGGAAAGGGAAAGAAAGGCCAGCACCAAUGUCCAAUUUGCAAAGCUUAUGGACAUAGAUGGCAAAGCUGCAAAGAUGCUGCUCCUGAAGCACUAGAAGCCUAUGCAGAAGUAGCAAAGCAGAAAAGGGACAAAAGAAAGAAGAAACCCAUUACAAAAGCUAUUUGUACAACAACAGAUCAAGCAACUGAUGGUACACUACCUCUACUUCUGUGUCCAAGUGAAAAUGAAACUGCACUAGCUCUACUUUCAAGUCCAAGUGAUGCAAUUGAAGGCGAUGUUGCCAAGUCGACCUCAUCGAAGACUACCUCUAAAUCUAGAAGAUCAAAGGUGAUAUCCGCUGCGCCUGACAGCCCUGCAAUGGGAACUCGAAGCAAGAAGAGAGCUGCGCCUAACAACCAAGCAAUGGCCAGUCGAAGCAAAAAAAAGUUGAAACUGUGAAAUGCUCUAAAAUCUUGCGUAUUAUUUCUGUAUCGCAGCUCUUCAUGUGUAUGCUAUUUUAUUUAGAGACUUGCUUGUGUGAACAACAUAUUUUGGUUGUGGUAUUUUGGUUCUGGACGAUGCAAACUUGGUACUGAUUGUGUGAGAAUUAAUAUGGUGUUUCAUGAA